CGCCACACAGAGUUUGUCUGAAUGAAGAGAGCACUCUCCUCUGCUUCCAAACGUUCUCAUCAGUCGGAUCUAAUGGACACAGUUGAGGGAUACAUCUGACCACUGUUGGCCUGCAGAUGAAGACUCAGGUUACAGUAAUUCUGGGUUAUUUUAUCUAAUGUAUCUCUCAGGGCCCAGAGCUGUAGAGUUCCUUCAGAAUGGAGAUGUUCAUCAUCAUUUUGGUUUUUUAAUUUUUAUUUCAAGAAGUGGAUUGAUUCGAGGAAGACUUUUGGAAGACUAACAAACAAGACUUGAAGUUGACCGCGUUUCUCACAUCCCUUCUGUCUGAACAUUCAGUUAACACGCACCUUCGGGUGGACCAUCAUCUCCAGCAAACAUGACUAAAAUGUUAUCUGCCCAGGAGGCUGCCAAGAUCUACCACACAAAUUAUGUAAGAAACUCGAGAGCUGUUGGCGUUCUCUGGACCAUCUUCACCAUCUGCUUCGCCAUCAUCUGUGUGGUUGUCUUCAUUCAGCCUUAUUGGAUUGGAGACAGUGUUGACACCCCUCAGUCAGGAUACUUUGGGCUUUUUCACUACUGCAUCGGGAACCCCAUCACAGGAGAGCUGGUGUGUAAGGGAAGUGCCCUCGACUUUGGAUCCAUCCCUUCAGGUGCCUUCAAAACCGCCAUGUUCUUCGUUGGGAUCUCUCUGCUGCUGAUCGUGGGGACUAUUGUUUGCUUUAGUUUGUUCUUCUUCUGCAACUCAGGCAGCGUGUACAAGAUCUGCGCAUGGAUGCAGCUGGCAGCUUCAACUUGCAUGGUCAUAGGUUGUAUGAUCUAUCCAGACGGCUGGGACUCGGAGGAGGUGAAGAGGAUGUGCGGUCAGCGGACGGAUAAAUAUACGCUGGGAAACUGCACGGUGCGCUGGGCGUAUAUCCUGGCCAUCAUCAGCAUCAUGGACUCCCUCAUAUUAUCCUUCCUAGCCUUCGUACUGGGCAACCGGCAAGACAAACUGCUGCCAGAGGACUUCCAGGUGGAGGAGAAGAAAGAGGAAGCAUGAAGACUUCUGCUCAUCAUCAAGCUCAAUGGACCCUGUGGGUUUAUGCGGAUACAGACCACUUUCUGUCCAUCUCUGAAAUAUGAAGGACAAUAAUCCUUUUAAUUUUACAUUUGUGUCUGUAGAAGUUAAUUACCACCUUUGAGGUUAUAUAAAUAUAUAAACUGUAUAAAUAUGUUUUAUAUUUUGAGAUUAAGGCCAAAUUGAGCUAUUUUGUUAGGAGUGUGUGUUUUAAAAAAAUACUUUUGAGUUUAGUAAAAAUUAAAUCAGUAAACCAGAAAGAACAGAGCUGAUUUCUAUUUAUGUCAUCACGCUGAAUAGCCACGCCCACAGUGAAUCUCAUUGGUCUAAAAUCCUGCUCCACCCUGUGGGUCUUUCAUUCAUAGAAGUGACUCAAAUAUUUUGAUUUUGUUCACCUAAAAGAUUCAGAUUCAUUUGCAUGUGAAUGCUGGAGAUCAAACGGUUUAGCAUAAUGUGAUUAAUUUACAACAAAACAAAAUAAAACAAUGGCUUUUUUUUUUUUUUGUCUUGCAUUACGUAGUAAAAUUGGACAAAUUGGACAAACAAAAUUCUUUUUUGCAAAUUGGAAUGCGUGCAAAGGAUUGUGGGUGAUUGGUGGACGCGAAAGAUACACUUGAUGCAUCCUGAUUGAUGCAAAACGAAUGCCAAAUGAAGGCUACCUUCAAAGGAUCCUUUAAACUGAGACACCCUUUGAAGGAGCAUGAUGUCAGCUGAGAUAUAUACACCUUAUUCAAACACCCCAUGAUGCUUUGCAUUAAUUAUGGGUGUAACUUCCGUUAAAGGGUUAGUUCACCCAAAAAAUGAAAAUACUGUCAUUAAUUACUCGCCCUUACACACCCGUAAGACCUUCGUUCAUCUUCAGAACACAAAUUAAGAUAUUUUUGAUCAAAUCCGAUGGCUCAGUGAGGCCUCCAUUGACAGCAAGUCAAUUAACACUUUCAAUGCCCAGAAAGCUACUAAAGACACAUUUAAAACGGUUCAUGUAACUACUGUGGUUCAACCUUACUUGACAGGAAUACUUUUUGUGCGCCAAAAAAACAAAAUAACGAUUUUAUUUAACAAUAUCUAGUGAUGGCCGAUUUCAAAACACUGCUUCACGAAGCUUCGAAGCUUUAUGAAUCUUUUGUUUCGAAUCAGUGGUUCGGAGCGCGUAUCAAACUGAACCCAAUAAUAAUUUUUUUUUAAACUGGGUACAAUGAGAUGACAUAAUUCUACUCACCCUUGAACCAUCAAACAUUAAAAGGACAUUUAAAAGUGUAAAAGUAUCAACAAGGUACUUUCAACAGACCAUGAAUAACCCCAAAAUCUUUCCACAGCAAUAAUGGAUGGGUUAAAUAUUCUUGUUAUAACGUCACGUUAAAAUGCCAAGCAUUACGUUAUUCUCAUGGUGUUUGAACACGAAGGAAAAUUAACAGAUCAUUCAGUCAAACUGACGGAUAAGCUUUAUUUGUAGGGCAACCUUAUGAUCUGAAAUGAUUUGUUUCAGUCUUUUUGAAUGGAAGUUCGCCAAACGGAAGUGCCACCCAUAAUUCAAAACACAGUAGGCUCGUCAGGAAUAAGGUGGAAAGCCUUACUAGGAUGCAGCUGAGAAGAGUGAAUCACUGAAUCACUCACUCAACCAAUUAGCUUAAAAAGUCAGUAGUUCAUGAUUGAAUCAAGUCUUUUAGUCUUUAAUUGAAAUUUUCAUGUCUACUAAGAGACUCCAAGAAAUGUUAAACAUCAUAACAUGUUUUCCCCCAAAAUAACAACAAAACAGGUCUAUCUUUGUUCACUUAUGCCGCUCUGAAUCUCCUUCAGACACAAAACACUUCUGUGAACGUUCAAUGUCCAUCCAACGAAAUGUGUCUUCACAGGAAUGCUAUUUGCUUUGUUCUUGUAAAUGGCAAUAAUAAUAAUAAAAAGCUAUGCUUUUAAUCAUUCUCUGAAGACAUGAAAGCGCUUUACAAUGUGCACUUGAUUCAUUCAGAAAUGAAAUUCACGACAUGAAUCAAAACUUAAAUCAAAAAAAGUUAAUCAGGUAACACUUUACAUUAAGGUCUCAUUUGUUCACAUUAAUUAAUGCAUUAACAAAAUAACAAUCAGCAAUAUAUUUGUACAGCAUUUAUUAACCUUUGUUAAUAUUAGUUAAUAAUCAUUUGUUUACAGUGGAUUUUGAUAAUGUAUUAGUAAAUGUUGAGA